AUCAUAUACGUUACAAGGUGAAUUGGUCAGUACACCAAACAUACGAUUCCCUGAUACGGGAGAUAAUCGAAGGUAUACAGAGGAAAGAAAUGAGCGCAGCUCUCAGGAAAUGUAUUCGGAACUAAAAGGUAGAUCAUCGUAUGGAAUGUCGUUAAAUAGGCACGCCUUUUCUUCUGAUGAGGAAUAUAAUGAAAAUGGGGAAUUUAACAAGAAACAAGCGCAUGCGAAAACGUACAACGCCUCAUCGCGAGAAGGCGAUCAAGAAAGUUCGGGGAAUUGGCAAAGCAGAGCCUAUGUAGAAAACUUCGAUGGAGAUGAUGAAAUCGAAGACGAGUUUCCUGAAGAUGUUUCGUCUCAAAAACGAGAUCACAAAAUAGCAUGCGAAACAUUUGUGUACUUCAGUAAGAGCAGUGACAUUUAUAGUCAAUGGUAUGCAUCUAAAUUUACAAUUGAUGAUCAGGAAUUCAACUGCGGUCAGCAGUUUAUGACGUACAGGAAAGCAGUUCUCUUCGAAGAUUUAGAAAUUGCGGGCGAGGUACUAAAAUGUACAGAUCCAGGAAGGAUCAGAGAGAUUGGAAAGAAAGUAAAAGGAUUUGACCUAAACACAUGGAAGCAAAAUUGUAUACAAAUUGCUAAAGAAGGAAACAGAGCAAAGUUUUCCCAAAAUAAGAAAAUACUGGAAGAGCUAAUCGCCACACAUCCCAAAAUUUUGGUUGAAGCGAGCCCUUCUAACAAAACAUGGGGUAUAGGACUGAAAGAAACCUCGCCUCGUGCAUGGGACGAAUCUACCUGGAAGGGAAAAAACUACUUAGGAUAUGUUUUGACGGAGGUCAGAGAUGACAUUUUGGUUGAACGUGGCACAAUUGACGGAAGAGGUAGAAAAAUGUAUACUGAUAAGCUGUCGAAAGAUGCUGCCAAUCCAAAUACGAGAGAGAGAAGGGGCACAAGAGGUCAUAAAUACGACAGUAACAAACAUGAAAACUACUUAUAUUUUGAGAGUGGAAUUUACUCUAUGAGCCGUAGGUCCGACUUCUGGUCUGAUGGUCAAAUAUUUCGGAGUGUGCAACAGUAUCUGAUGUUCAAGAAAGCAGAAUUGUUCAAAGACUUUGAGAAAGCGGAGGAGAUUUUAACAAGUGUAGAUCCUAAGUUUUUACAACAAAAGGGAAGAGAAGUAAAAGGAUUCAAAGAGGACGUAUGGAAAAGUCACCGCCUCCAGAUUGCAAAAGAUGGAAAUAUGGCUAAGUUUUCACAGAAUGAAGACUUGCGAAGCCAGAUUAUCUUAACACAUCCAAAGAAGUUUGUGAUGGCAAGUCCCAUCGGUAAGAUAUGGGGAAUAGGGCUUGCGGAGCAAGACCCAAAGUCUAGAGACAAAAAUGUAUGGAACGGAAAAAAUGACUUAGGAAAUGUUUUGACAGAAGUGCGAAAUACACUUAGUAGUGAAUAUGCCCAGGCAGACCAGAGAGAAAGACGGACAAACGAAGGGGAUACAUCAGACUAAACCAGUUCCUUUUUUGGAAGAAUUUUGUACAUACUGUAACCAUAUAUGACGCCUCGGAUAGUGCUUUACACAUGUCAUUAAUAGUAAGGGUGAAUGAUCACCGGAUGUGGCUGUGUAAUGUUUGAAUAUUUCUAGGAUGAUAUAAGUCAGUACCACUGUAAAAAUUAUUAAAUCAAAACGGAUGAC